GAUUCUUUAGAUUUAUAUGGAAUCAAUAAACAGAAACUCAAAAUGAAUCGUGAUGAACCAAAUUGGGCUGGUCUUCGUGAAUUGAAUGGUAGAGAGUUAGAAUAUUAUUUACCAAAAAAUGUUAACAAUAUCAAAAAUCCUGAACAUUUCAAAAGAUCACAAAUGAGUUCCAAAGUUUUUAAAUUCAAAAUUGCGCUUAAUCCUUUUGAUUGUGGAGCAGAACGUUCUGCUUUUUUCGGUUAUGAUACAAUCAAAAAUGAAAAAAUGGUCUUAAAAAAAUACCAUACCGGUGAUAACUCGAUUACACGUCAUCUCGAAUCAUCCGAAAUUUCAAUAAUUGCAUAUUUUUUAGCGGAAAAAUUCAAUUCAAAAUGUGAAAAAAAUAAUAUAAAGAAAAAAAUUAGAUUCAUUUAUUCUAGAGUUGUGACAGAAAAUAACUCCGAGAAUUGUUAUUCUAUAGAAUAUUUUUUGGCUGCUGAAUAUAAAAAAUUCAAUACAAAUAGUGGGGUAAUUACUGAAUUACAUUCAACGCUCGAAGCAUUCUCUCAUUUUACGUAUGAUUUCACCGAAAAAUACUUAGUAGUAUGCGAUCUACAGGGUGCCGAAUAUCAAAAGGAAUUCUGGCUAACAGAUCCAGCUAUUCAUUGUAUCGAUAACAAGAGAUUUGGAG